AUGGCUUCUGCAGCUGUUCAACUUCCCGCCUCUCAAGGUCCUCUGAUCUCAGAAAAGCCUGGAGUCCCGGUUUCCGAAAAGCCUCACCAUGUUCGGACUACUCUGAACUUCUUUAAAGAGAACGAGGAUGGCUCUCCCCCGGAACCAACAUAUACCAGCAAACCAGAAACCUACGAUCGACCAGCCGCUCCUCUCGAGACCACCGUCCAUGACAUCAGCGGCCAUGAGCUUGACUACAAGCUAGACAGCCAUGGGUUCCAGCUCUACUACCACGAAAGCCAAGAGAAGGACUUUCUAGACGACGAGAAGAUCAAGGCCGAAUACUACCCAGAAACAGAACAACUGCUAAAAGACGCCACGGGUGCCUCCCGCAUCUUCAUCUUCGACCACACCAUCCGCCGUGGCCAAACCGACGGACCCAUCCGUACCCGGCUCCGUGGACCUGUCCAGCGCGUACACAUCGAUCAAUCCUACACCGCGUCCAAGAGCAGAGUCUCCCACCAUCUCCCAGACGAGGCACCCGAGCUUCUCAAGGGCCGAUACCAGAUUAUCAAUGUCUGGCGUCCGAUCAAGACCAUCCUGAAGGACCCAUUGGCUGUGGCGGAUGCACACUCAGUCCCAGAUAGUGACCUUGUACCUAUCGGGCUCAUUUACCCGGACCGCCAGGGUGAGACAUAUGGCGUCAAGCCGGAUCCUAAUAUCAAGUGGUAUUACCGCUAUGGCCAGACUCCGGACUUGGUGACUCUUAUCAAAUGCUUUGAUUCUAAGGUUGAUGGAAGAGCUCGUCGAGUGCCUCACACUGCCUUUGUUAACCCGGAAACGGAGAAUGAAGCGGGACGAGAGAGUAUUGAAGUGCGAGCAUUGGUUUUCCACCCUGAUGAUCGUGACUAGGUUGCAUCUCCAGAAUGGAGUCGAUGAAUUGCUGUCUUUGUAUACUCGUUUUACAUUUUUUG